AUGUCCCUUGAGUACGCGCAGGAGGAGGGCGCAAGGCCCCUACGCAGUCUGGAGCAAACCAACCGCACCCGCUUCCCCUUUUUCUCCGACGUCAAGGGAGACCACCGGCUGGUGCUGAGCGCUGUGGAGACUGUCGUGCUGACGCUCAUCUUUGCGGUGUCGCUGCUGGGCAACGUGUGCGCCCUGCUGCUGGUGGUGCGCCGACGGCGCCGCAGCACUGCCGCUUGCCUUGUGCUCAACCUCUUCUGUGCGGACCUGCUCUUCACCAGCGCCAUCCCGCCAGUGCUGGCCGUGCGCUGGACCGAGGCCUGGCUGCUGGGCCCCGUCGCCUGCCACCUGCUCUUCUACGUGAUGAGCCUGAGCGGCAGCGUCACCAUCCUCACACUGGCCGCUGUCAGCCUGGAACGCAUGGUGUGCAUCGUGCGUCUGCAGCGCGGCGUGCAGAGCCCGGGGUGGCGGGCGCAGGCGGCGCUGCUCGCGCUCAUCUGGGGCUACUCGGCGCUCGCCGCGCUGCCUCUCUGCGUCUUCUUCCAAGUCGUCCAGCAGCGGCUCCCCGGCGCCGACCAGGAAAUUCCAGUUUGCACACUGGUUUGGCCCAACAUUGCAGGAGAAAUCUCUUGGGAUGUCUCAUUUGUCACUUUGAACUUCUUGGUGCCGGGACUGGUCAUUGUGAUAAGUUACUCCAAAAUUUUACAGAUCACGAAGGCGUCCAGGAGGCGGCUCACGAUGAGCCUGGCAUACUCCGAGAGCCACCAGAUCCGCGUGUCCCAGCAGGACUUCCGGCUCUUCCGCACCCUCUUCCUGCUCAUGAUCUCCUUCUUCAUCAUGUGGAGCCCCAUCAUCAUCACCAUCCUCCUCAUCCUGAUCCAGAACUUCCAGCAAGACCUCGUCAUCUGGCCGUCCCUCUUCUUCUGGGUGGUGGCCUUCACGUUUGCCAAUUCAGCCCUAAACCCCAUUCUCUAUAACAUGUCACUAUUUAGGAACGAAUGGAGGAAAAUUAUUCGCUGCUACUUGUUCACAGAAAAGGGAGCCAUUUUUACAGACACAUCUGUAAGAAGAAAUGAUUUAUCUGUUAUUUCCAGCUAA